AUGCCAGGGGCAGUUAGCAAGAAGUCACAUCUCAUUGUACACCAGAGAGUUCACACCAGGGAAAGGCCAUAUAAAUGCAGUGAAUGUGGGAAGUCAUUUAGCCGAAACUCUGUGCUCUUUCAACAUCAGAAAAUCCACACUGGAGAAAGACCUUAUGAGUGCAGUGAAUGCGGGAAAACUUUUAAUCAACGUUCUGCCCUUCGUUAGCAUCAGAGACGUCACACUGGUUCAAGGCCUUAUAAGUGCACUGAUUGUGGGAAAUCCUUUGCCGAUAAUUCCACCUUCAUUAAACACAGGAGAAUUCACACUGGAGAAAGGCCUUAUGAUUGCAGUAAAUGUGGGAAAGCGUUUUCCCAAAGGUCUUCACUCCUUCGACAUUGGAGAGUUCACGCUGGAGAAAGGCCUUAUGAAUGUGGAGAGUGUGGAAAAUCAUUUAGGCAAAAGCCCAACCUUAUACAACAUUGGAGAAGUCACACUAGAGAAAGACCUUAUAAGUGUGGGAAAUUAUUUAGCAACAAGUCCCAUUUCAUUGACCUCCAAAGAGUUCACACUAGAGAAAGGCCAUAUGAGUGUGGGGAAUGUAAGAAAUUCUUUAGCAAGAAGUCCCACCUCAUUAUACACCAGAGAGUUCACACCGGGGAAAGGCCAUAUAAAUGCAAUGAAUCCGGGAAAUCAUUUAGUCAAAACUCUACGCUCCUUCAACACCAGAGAAUCCACACUGGAGAAAGACCUUAUGAGUGCAGUGAAUGUGGAAAAACUUUUAAUCAAUGUUUUGUUCUUCAUCAGCAUGAGAGACUUCACACUGGUUCAAGGCCUUUGAAGUGCACUGAUUGUGGGAAAUCCUUUGCUGAUAAUUCCACCUUCAUUAAACACAGGAGAAUUCACACUGGAGAAAGGCCUUAUGAGUGCAGCAAAUGUGGAAAAGCAUUUUCCCAAAGUUCUUCACUCCUUCGACAUCAGAGAGUUCACUGGAAAAAAAAUCUUACAAACCGGGAGGGGCCCGCCGGGCGCGGGACUCCCGCUGCUCCCGGCCCCGCUCCGCCCACGGAGUCCGAUGGCGGCGGCACCAAGGGACCCGGCUCAGGUAAACGCUGGUCCCCCUGGGCCUUCACCGCCCUCACCCCACCGGACACUAAAGCCCCGAGCGUCGAGGGGGUGGGGGGCGCCUGCUCACGUGCCCGCAGCCCAGUCCCCGGGAUCCAGGCGGGCGAGGCCGCUUGGGUGGGGCUCUAUGUCUGA